CAGGCACGCCAACGACGGACACGUUUCACGACUACAAAAGUCGAUGUACGACAAACGGUAGCUUUGGUCACGUGUCUUUUUCACUGUGAUUCGAAAAGGAAAUCCGAAUAGAAUGUCAGCGCGUAGUUUUUGUCUUUAUUUCUAAAAGAUAGCCCAUUUUACGAUUAAAAAUGGCGACUACUAUGAUAGCGGUUGGUCUGACAGUUGCUGCUGCAGCAUUUGCAGGCCGCUAUGUUGUUAAAGCUAUGAAGCAUGUGGAACCCGCUUUGAAACAAACUAUUCAAAGCCUACCUAAGUCGGCAUUCAGUGGAUACUACAGGGGUGGAUUUGAGGCUAAAAUGACUAAGAGAGAAGCAGCUCUCAUAUUGGGAGUGAGCCCUACAGCUAAUAAAGUUAAGAUUCGAGAAGCACAUAGAAGAAUCAUGGUACUUAAUCAUCCAGACAAAGAAACUCAAACUGGAUGAAACAACUUAAGGAAUGGAAAUCAUCGAUUAGAACAUGGAAACAAACCGUUCGACCGGUAAAGUGCUCAUCAUCACUUCAGUAUUUAUAUCCGCUAUCCCACUACUCUACUGUAAUCUGACUUUCCUGUUCAUUCUCAAGACCUCUUCCACACUUUUCCUUCAUGCAGUUGUAAUUCCUACAAAAAGUAUGCAAAUCAAUAUUAGACAGAAUUUCCAUUGAUAAAUCUCAACUGUGAUUUCUGACUUCUAAUCAACCUCGUCCAACACUAUGGCUCCCCUAUCCUGCUUCUAAUAUGUCUAUAGCCGAAUCUUGUUUGAAUCACUUGGGGACUGAAACUUGUUCUCAAUACUGAACAAAGGAACAACAAGACUCAAUCAGCCCACUGACACUUUCUUUGUUUAGGUUAAAAUAACUGAUGUUGACUCAUUUCUCAACUGCAAAAUGUUUAUUGUGAUCCAGAAUUUUUGUGUUUUAUAGUACAUUUCACUUAUGAAAUCAGAGGUUCAACAAACUGAAUCCUGUGGGCAAAGGAAUCCCGAGGAAUUUUCACAACCAAUGAACACAUGCCAAACAAGCAAUGUGAUACUAAUGAAAACAAAUUCCACACUGAUUUUUAAGAAUUGGCUCAACAGGUAGCAAGGUGGUACAAUGAUAUCCAAUAUUGUAACAAUAAAAAAAAUGAAUAUUUGUCCGUCAUUGCCACUACACCACUCAAUUGAACAGAAGGGAAGUUCAUCAUUGUCACUGAAGAUUUUAAACGAAGAUGUGACAUCAUAGAUGCAAUUAUUACAACUUAUACCAUGUUGACAUCACUUAAAAUAUUUAAUUUUUUUUAAAUUUCUGAACUAGCAUGGCUAUUUAUUUCUGAACUCAGACAUUCCUCCUCCAAGCAAACAGUAAGUUAUGUUGUGAUACCUAGCUGAAAUCAGGUAAACCACCUUAAGCUCAUCAGAAAAAAGCACCAGUAUCUGACCGAGCUGUUACAUUCGACAUUUUUCCAGACAGAACCACUACACAAGGAGAAUACUCAGAUUUAACGAAUGUUUUCUCCCCAAACACGUCUCAAUAUCACGUCUAGCAUUUCACCAAUCACCACAGAAAUAUCUGUAUCCUAAAACGUUCUACAAGGACUUGUAAACUUUAGGGAUAUACUAGCAAUACAAUAAACAGAUAUGGACAAUGUUAUAGUCAGUUUAAAUCAAAUGAAGAUAAGUGAAAAUUACAGGAUAUAGAAAGGAACAGAUAACGCAAGUACCUCAAACUGCACUGAAACAGCAAAACUUAAAGCUGAAAGAGGUUGGAAAAUUUGAGAACUUUAGUUUUAAUGCUGAACGUACCUAACCAACGUGUUGGACCAACCAAAGGCAACAGAACGUCGAACUACAAAGUCAAGAUAGUAGGGCACAUGGUAUUGGGGACAAAAUACUGACUUGGAUUGAAAAUUGGCUGGCUGACAGGAAGCAAAGAGUAGUGAUUUACGGGUCCCUCUCAGAAUGGCAAGUGGUGACCAAUGGGGUACCACAAGGUUCGGUGCUGGGACCGCAGCUGUUUACAAUAUACAUUAGUGAUAUAGACGAAGGCAUUAAAAGUAAUAUUAGCAAAUUUGCUGAUGACACAAAACUGGGGGACAGGGUGAAAAGUGAGGAGGAUGUUAUGAGAAUACAGGGUGACUUGGACAGGCUAGGUGAGUGGACAGAUGCAGUUUAACGUGGAUACAUGUGUGGUUAUACACUUUGGUGGCAAGCACAGGAAGGCAGAUUACUAUCUAAAUGGAGUCAAGUUAGGUAAAGGGGAAGUACAAUGAGAUCUAGGUGUUCUUGUACAUCAGUCAAUGAAAGCAAGCAUGCAGGUACAGCAGGCAGUGAAGAAAGCUAAUGGCAUGCUGGCCUUCAUAACAAAAGGAACUGAGUAUAGGAGCAAAGAGGUCCUUCUGCGGUUGUACAGGGCCCUGGUGAGACUGAACCUGGAGUAUUGUGUGCAGUUUUGGUCUCCAAAUUUGAGGAAGGACAUUCUUGCUAUUGAGGGGGUGCAGCAUAGGUUCACGAGGUCAAUUCCCGGAAUGGUGGGACUAUCAUGUGUUGAAAGAUUGGAGCAACUGGGCUUGUAUAGACUUGAGUUUAGAAGGAUGAGAGGGGAUCUGAUUGAGAUGUGAAAGAUUAAGGGAUUGGACAUUCUGGAGGCAGAAAGCACAUUUCCGCUGAUGGGUGAGUCCAGAACCAGAGGACACCGUUUAAAAAUAAGGGGUAGGCCAUUUAGAACAGAGUUGUGGAAAAACUUCUUCACCCAGAGUGUGGUGGAUAUAUGGAAUACUCUGCCCCAGAAGGCAGUGGAGGCCAACUCUCUGGAUGCUUUCAAGAAAGAGAUAGAUAGAGCUCUUAAAGAUAGUGGUAUCAAGGGUUAUGGGAUAAGGCAGGAACAGGAUACUGAUUGUGGAUGAUCAGCCGUGAUCAUAAUGAAUGGUGGUGCUGGCUCGAAGGGCAAAAUGGCCUACUCCUGCACCUAUUGUCUAUUGAAAGAGGCUGGAUGAUGAAAGCAAAGCACUGCAGAUGCUGGAAAUCUAGAAUAUAAAAUAGUUCUGGAGAAACUCAGGCAGAUCUGUCAGCAUCUGUGGACAGAGAAACAGAAUUGAUGUUUCAAGUCCAAAACAAGUGAGUUCUGAAGAAUCAGACUUGAAACAUCAACUCUGUUUUUCUCUCCACAGAUACUGCCAGACCUGCCAUGUUUCUCCAGCACUUUAAUAUUUUAUGUCAGAGCAAGUCAGGGUCAAACCGUCUGAUCAAGUCUAGUCACCAAAGAAAAAAUGUGAAACAUUCACAUGACUGAGCAACACAAUAAGUGACAAACACAAUUCUUGGUGUCAAAAGGUAUGCGUUGAAGAUGAAAUGGAAAAACUCAGGUUUUUCAGUCUGAAAAUGAGGCUUCCAAGAAUAGAUUGUUGAGUUAUACACUUUAGUUAAGGAAAUGACAUCCAAAUAUCCAAAAAAUAUUACCCUAAAUCAAACAUCAAUUCGAACAAGGGAACAAGCUCAAAGUGACAAAAGAUAAAUUUAUGGCUGAAAUUAAGAAACAUCUUUGCAUGAAGUUAUCAAAGUAUGGAACAUACUUCUGGGAUAGAAUCAUGUAAAAAACAAAGCAUAUGCUGCAGUGGGGAGGAGAGGGAGAAAACUAGAGCAGAUUUAUUUUCCAAGUGGAUGAAUUUAUAAAAAUAUAAUAUUGUAAAAUGUAAUGCAUUUAGCUUGGAUAAAUACUAAGUUGCAAGAAGA